GUGGGAUCGAGGUUACACAAAGUAAAGGAGGAAGUGUCUUCGACACGUUACACAACAUUAGCUAUUGUAACCCUCCCUGCUUUUGCUGGGAUUUAACACUUAAUUCAUAUUUAAGAAAUGUUCUAAAGUUUAGAGGCUCUACUUCAAUUAAUACUACGUGAAAGAAUAAUAAAGAAUAUCAUCAUAAACUCUCUGGGGUGUGUUCGUAUCACUGCCAGAACCUGCGAUGCCUGAUCAACUGCCUCCAAACCCUGCUGGGACGCUGCUAAACAAGUUCCCCCAGGGGAGCCUGCCAAUGGGAAAAAAAGCUACCAAAGACGGCCUACAAGCCAGAGGCCAGUGGGCCUCCAAGGCCGAGUUCCUCCUGGCAGUAGCCGGGCAGAUCAUCGGUCUGGGAAACGUCUGGAGGUUCCCUUACCUCUGCUACAAAAAUGGAGGAGGUGUGUUUUUUGUACCUUACCUGUUGUUCCUGGUGUUGUGCGGCAUCCCCCUCUUCCUCCUGGAGACCUCACUGGGACAAUACACCAGCCUGGGAGGGGUCAGUGCCUGGAGGAAUAUGUGCCCAUUAUUUGGAGGUCUCGGCUACGCUAGCCAGGUGAUGAUCCUGCACGGCUGUGUUUACUACAUAGUCAUCCUGGCCUGGGCUCUCUUAUACCUGUCCUACAGCUUCCAGGCGGAGCUGCCGUGGUCGCACUGUAACAACACGUGGAACACGAAAGCGUGUUUCUCAUAUGACUCCUACAACCAGACAGCCAACGCGAGCAGCCUGCCGGAGAACUCCACUUCCCCUGUCAUGGAGUUUUGGGAGCGGGAGGUGCUCCGCCUGUCGAGCACUUUGGACGGGCUCGGCCCAAUCAGCUGGAAGCUGGCUCUGUGUCUGGCCGCCGUCUGGCUUAUCUGCUACUUCUGCGUCUGGAAGGGAGUCAAGUCUACCGGGAAGGUGGUGUACCUGACGGCCACCUUUCCAUAUGUAAUGCUGUUUGUGCUGCUGGUGCGUGGUGCCACCCUGCCCGGAGCCACCCAGGGAAUCAUCUACUACCUCAAACCCAACGUUACCCGCCUGGCAGACCCACAGGUAUGGAUGGAUGCAGGUACCCAAAUAUUUUUCUCUUAUGGAAUCUGCUUGGGAAGUCUCACAGCUCUGGGCAGUUACAACAAAUACAACAAUGACUGCUAUAAGGACUCUUUUAAGCUGUGCCUCCUGAACAGCGCCACCAGUUUCCUGGCAGGAUUCGCCAUUUUCUCGGUGCUGGGAUUCAUGGCUGAGGAACAAGGCGUGGACAUAGGCACCGUAGCCCAAUCAGGACCCGGGCUUGCCUUCAUCGCCUACCCGAGAGCUGUAGCCAUGAUGCCCGUACCCCAACUCUGGGCUGUCUGCUUCUUCCUCAUGAUCAUCAUGCUGGGAUUGGACACACAGUUUGUGAGCCUGGAGGCCCUGAUGACAUCAGUGACUGACCUGUACCCUCACCUGAUCAGACGAGGUCACCGCAGAGAGCUGUUGUUGCUGUUUGUCUGCAUUGUCUGCUUCCUGGUUGGACUGGUCAUGGUCACACCAGGUGGGCUGUAUGUGUUCCAGAUCUAUGACCAUUUCUCCUGCAGUGGAGCCAGUCUGCUGCUUCUCUCCAUCUUCCAGUCUCUGGCCAUCGGCUGGGUCUACGGAGCAGAGCGCUUCAGCGCCAACAUCAGGGAUAUGACCGGCAACAGCCCUCUUCCUUUUUUCAACCUGUGCUGGAAAUACUUGACCCCGAUCGUGUGCACUGCCACAUUUAUAUUUUCCCUGGUGCGCUGGUCACCACUGAGCCUGGGGAAAGGACUGGUCGCUCCAGUCUGGGCCACCACGCUGGGCUGGAUCCUUACCCUCUCAUCCGUUUCUCUGCUUCCCAUCUGGGCCAUCUACGCCCUAGUCACUACCCCGGGAACCCUGACACAGCGCUUCCAAAUCCUGUGCAGCCCCGUUGAAACCCCGUCACUGACCUUCCACCACCUCUCCAACCAGUCAGCGAUCCCCUCCAGCCCCAGUCUGCCUCUCACUGAGAAGUCAAGGGCACCGUUAAAAGAAAUCAUCUAGGACAAGAUGACCCGACAGACACUUAACAACAAUGUAACAGUGGCUGCUGCUCGGCCAGUCGGGUGUGUCAGGCCGGAGGGUCAACUUUAGAGCUAAUGCUGCUGGAUACCAACAGAGGGGCUGGAUCCUCAUCAGUCUGUACUUGUUGACUAAAUAUGUUGUAAUCAGCUCAAAAGGUGAUCCUUCAAUUACGGGCUCUCUGAAGGAAUUCAGAGGACGUCCACAUCAUCUACAACAGCCUUCAUCUACAGGAGCAUUCAGAUGAUAAAGCUGAUAAAUUUUCCACAUAUUUAACUUUAGAUGGUUAUUUUGAAUUAGAUCAGUGAAACUGUUAGUUUAAGUAAACAAAACUAGACAAGAGCUACCUGAAUGCACCAUCUAGCUGCUAUUGGAAUAGUUUCUUCAGGUUGGAGCUUUCUACAGAGGCUCCAGCCCUGAACUGGGACACAGUUUGUUUAAUCUUUUGCACCAGACCCACACCCUGCCUGCCGGAGCUGGUUAUUGUAAAACAGCACACCCUUCUGGCUUUGAAUCAUGUUAUCUCUUUAUCUGCUUUUUUUUUCUGUUGUGUCAGUUUAUUCACAUAAUUGAGGACCAUAUAAUUACAGCUUCUGCUGCCUGUCUGCGCGCAGGACGCAGCUAAGUAGCUGCGCUAAUGUUCCCUUUAUUUGCCAGCAGUCAUACAUACAUAGAGCUAUACUCUCUAUGAGAGCCUGAGAGAUUACCGCUUACGUUAGCAUGACUGCUUUGCUUUGGAGUCCACUAAAAGAGUGCAUGGAUUCGUUGGGGUGAAGGUAUAAACUGAAAUGACUCCAUGAGUCAGGCAUGUUAUGCAGUAAUUUAUAGGGAUGGGUUGUUUUUUUUUUUUCUCAUGCUUCACCCUAUCAUGGCAUCUGAAUGGUUCAUAACACGUCUUACCCUCAGACCAAGUAGAGAAGGCAUUCAGUCAGGUCCUUUUUAUUGUUGCCAACGCACAAGUGCUUAACUUGAGAUCAAGUGCAGCGAUCGGUUUUUAUCUAUUACACGUCUUUGUUGUUUAAAAAGUUAAUUAUUGUUGUUUUUGUUUGGGGGUUUUUUUGUUACUUCCUGUUGCAACUGUGCAGUUUUUAUAAAGAUUGGAGGCAUUAUUUAGACAGCUGUGCACUGUAGAGAAACAUGCAUACAGUCGGCAUGCACUACUGCUGCUGCGACCGUUUUGUCAGAAAAAUGUAUUUGACUUUAUUUUUUAAUUUCGUGCAUCACUUUUGAGUUGAAAUGUUUUUAGUCGUUCGACCUCUUCAUUGUGAUUUUCUCUGCGUGUGACCGUUAGACUUCAUUGAAUGCAGCGUGUAAAUGGCAGUAGAGAUACGUGUACGACAUGGAAAACUAACACCGGGAGCCCGAUGAAGGAAUGUGUUCACGACUGUCAGAAAGGCUAGUUUAACAACUUCAGUUCAUUAUGUUUGGACUUGAAAUGUAAAUCAAGAACAUGUUUUAAUUAUUUACACUCUACUUUCCCUCCUGUUUUUUUUCCUAUCACUGUUCAGCCUAGUGGAGGCGACGUCUCCAGUAACUUACUGUACUUUAGGACACAACGUGUUCUUUACUGGAAACACUUCUUCUUGAGCAAUUGUGAUGUGUUCAAAUGCAGCAUAUUCAAAGAUAUAAAGAGACUCUUAUGGAAACUUGAAA